AUGGCUGGGAUCAUUGCAGGUUGCGCUCGGCGCCUUACGGCGAAGGCAGUUCCCUCCGGUGGUGUUUGUGCUUCUCGCUGCCUCUCGCCGUUGGGCCCCAUGGUGCUGCAGCAGAGACAGCUGCACCAGAGCACGCCUCGUUUCAACACUGCAGUCAACCCGGGCUGGCCAGUUCUGUGGACAAACGUAUAUGACAAGCCGGGCUGGGACACAGAUCUGGAACUUGAGUAUGAUGUGAUGCCACGCGAUGAGUUUGGCGUGCCAGCACACAUCCCACCAGAGAUUUCGACGACAAUCCGCCACACGUACUACAUCCCACCGCAGUACUAUCCAUUCCUGAAGAAGUUGGGUGACGACACUCCAGAGCUCAAGCCUUGGAUGGACAAGCUAAUCAAUGGCGAGAUGACCUUCGACGACUACGAGGAGAUGUUCUAUCAGUUUGCGAAGCCUCUGAAGAUCCACCGGCCACUGAUUCCGAUGCCAUACCGAACUGCGGAGGAGAUGAAGAAGAGUGAGGAGGUGGCGUGGGAGGGAGCCUGGCUCUCUUUCCGGCAACGCGUCAUUGGAGAUUACCUUGCCAGGCACUACCUGCGUGACUUCCUCGGCGGCAUGGGUGUUGGUUUGUUUGCCGCCUGGGUUUACAUCCAAGCCCACCGCCAGUACCGCAUCGACAUGAAGCUGUUCUACUUGGAGGCUCCCGAGCACAAAAUCAACUGGGUGGUUCCGCGUGGAGAUCUCUGA